CUGAAGUCUGAUUUCAAAAAAGUAGAUUUCAGAAUUCGACGAUUUCGAUAAAGUUCAUCAUUGUCAUCACAAUUUAACUGCUGCUUUCGUGCAAGGGUCGAACAUACUGGUUUUAGUGUUUUUUUUUACAUGGUGUAGUAAACUAAUAAAUAACUGUGAUGUCGGGCAUUCCUGUUGAUACAUUAGUAGAGAUUGAUAAUUCCUAUGACAGAUUCUCUUCACUACCUUAUUUUCGACCUUCAGAGUUUACACAACAGGAUGAUGACCCUUUUGAGCUAUGUUCUAUGCAACAUAAGCAUUCCAAGCCAAGACAAGGCAUAGAUCUUGGGCUCGAACUUGGACUUGCUUUAGAGAAAUCUAUCAAAUUACGAUCCCAAUCUCAGCAUCAAGACUCCCCAUCCUUGUCAGCAGGGACACCAGUAAACUCAAAUCAAACUGAUUUAGGAAUUUUAAUUAAUUUCGAUGAUAGCCCAGACAAAAAAAUUCUACCUGGACAGGAUAAAAACACUUGUGAACAUCAAAAUGUCAAAGAUUCUGUUUUUACCCACACUGCUUCUAAUCCAUUUGAACUUGCUUGGGAUGUUAUUGAACAGGAAGCUCUGAAUUUGGCUGAUCACAUUCAAUAUGACAAAGAAAAGACCAUCAGUCCUCGAAAAAUGGUGGAUUUGGCAAUGAAGUUAUCCCCAGACUCGAUGCUACUUUCACCUCGUAGUGACGCAAGGGAUGAGGAGAUUUUGAUCCAUAGUAGCCCUGAAUUAGAAAUGAAGAAAACGCCUAGAUUUACCAAAGCUUCACAGCAGACUAGAGGAAGGAUGAGUGUUGGAUCCAGCCCUGGUUUGUCCAACAGGUCUUAUGCAACUCCCUUACGGACUCGCCCGUCACUUGCUGUUAAUCCUAGUCCACUACGAAGAAACAUCAGAGAACCUAUGACGUCACCUGCCAAAAGUGCACCACAGAGAGCCACAUUCAAGACUCCGUUAUUAAGGUCUUCUUCCGCGACAGCUCCUAAUAAUUACGGGCCACCUCCCAAAGCCCCUUUAUUUCCAAAGACUGGUGCUAUGAAAGCCGUUCAUCAGCAACAGCAGCAGGUCCCUCCGCCUCCUGCCCCUAUGAGGGUUCCGCCAAAGCAACCAGUGAAUGCACCUGCUCCACCCCGACGCUCGUUGGUACCUUCAGCGCCAACACCUAGUCUGACAUUUCAAUCAAAAUUGCGAGCUCCAUUGAGUCGCUCUGAAUCGGAUGCACUGAACCAAUUGCCCACUAAUAAGGCUCCCGAAUUUCAGCGUCAAGGCUCUGUGCGUCUUGGAACCAAAAGGGUGUCGGUGAGCCACCCGCCGUCUUCCGCCCCUGGCAGCAGUAGUAGCAGCUCCCAUUCAAAUCGUCUUGCUCCUUUGACUCGAACUAAAACCAAAGGACGCGAGAAUGUUGAAUCGUGAUUGUAUAAUCGUUAGAAUUCCUUGUUUGAUUUAUGUGGUGCUGGGUAAUAUUCUUUUAAAUUUAUGGAGUUUUCUAUCUAUUCUUAAAACAAUCAAAUACACGGGUUACAUUACUCUUGUUUUAACAACA